UAUAUAGAAGGAUGUAUGUAUGUGCGCGUGUGAAUAAUACGCGCAUUUAAACGUAUUCAUCGUUGUAUUGAAAUAUUGUAAUUAUUAGUAAAAGUAAUGUUUGUAUGUACGAAGUUGUCUGAGUCUAGGUAUAAUAUAGUUAGACUGUAGGAAGGCUCAUACUAGGAAUCUAUUAUUACACUGGGUCGCUGGUUUAAACUCACAUCAGUCGGUCUUGGCAUCGCAAGCCGUGAGAACGAACGCCUCGUCGUUGUACACCUGAGCCGGCAAGAACCUCGCAUAACGCGUUCAGUCUUCUUUCGAACCGGCUCGUCGUUGUUCGUUUGUUAUACGUUCUCCUUUCUUAUACUUUGUCCUUAACCAGGGACAUUAUUAUUUUCUUUGUUCAUUCAAUUGAAUUAAUAGUAACAUAAAUUAUUAGAAAGACGUGGUCAAAAUGCCGUACUACGGCGAUACUACACCAUAUUAUUAUGGAGGAGCAUUUUCUAACCAUAGUUCUCUUAUGACUGGAAUACCACGAAGUUUCCACAAUCCGCUGUCUUCAACAAGAUUCGCACCACAUCUGUCGACGAUCACGGAAUCAUCGUUGAGCAAUUUACGACGAUAUUCACCGGUGACAACAGCGACAACUCGAGUGAGACGAGUAAUCGAUACUGCAGAUAUCGAUGUAUCAACACCGAGAACAUUAUCGUCGAGGGACGAAAAUCGGCAAAGAGGAAAUCGGCUUCGUAGGGAUAGGCCAACGAUUAAAAUAAGAUCGCAAGCUUUGAAGGAUAAUCCGGCAUUGCGAGAGCACAAUGAGAAACAUGAGAAAAGCGUAGGUGAAUUAUUGGUGGAAAAAUUCUUGAUAAAAGAUAAAAAGGGUUCCUCUGAGGAUGAAGAAACUCGUACGAGACUUUAUCAUCAGGUUAGUCUUGAUCGAGGUAACAAUACGCAGGAUAUUCAAUCGUUGCAAGGAAGGAUAACACGAAGGAUGACAAGAAGAAGAUCAUCGACCGAUAUUCAAUUAGAUGCGGAACAAAUUCAACGUGAAGUUGCUUAUGCUCAGGUACAAGCUAAGGUUUUGGAUAAUUUGGUAGCUGAGGAACAAGCUGAGAUUGAGGAUGAAGUUCGUAGAGGUACUUUGAUCAGGAAAGGUGUUAUUACCAGAGGUCCUCCUAGACCAAUUUCAUCUUUUUUCGACGACAGUGAAGAAUCUGUUGAAUCAACUAAGGAUGAAGAAAAUGAGACUGCAUCUAAAGUUAAGAAAACUUUUAAAAAGAUUAAAAAGAAGAAAAAGGUUAUGGAAAAACCAUCACCUACUGAGGAUGAAGAAAAGAAAGAAGAAGAAGAUGAUGAAACGAUUGAAAUGAAACGAUCUAGUAGUAGUAUUAGUUCUAAGGAAACAUCUAACGUAGAUGAUGAAAAGAAUGAUGAAAAUCAGGUGACAAAUAAUAAACCUGAAAAGUCAAUGAUGUAUAAAAUCGAAGCUUCCAACAGUGUUGGUGAUUUGUCGACAAUUCUGAUUAACACAGGGAAUUCGGAAAAUACAGAGGUAAAAGCAAAUGUCGAACAAUUCAGAGAAAGCAUUAGGAUUCCUGUUCCCAGAAAAGCUUUGGCUAACGUUAAACAAACUGGGGGCGUUGCCACGGUACCAGAAAAUGGUACCGUCGAUGAAACUGAAACUAAAAUCGUAUUGCCAGUUCGUAAACCUUAUAUCAAAGAUACAUCGAGGAAUAGCGUAUAUCUUACAUUAAAAACAUACGAUAAAGAAAAGAAAAAGGAUGAAGAAGUUAAGAACGUUGACGUUUCCAUUCCACGAAAAAUGACUAAUGGUGUCGAUGCACUUUCGAAAAAAGAUUUAUUGAAAUUACGAGUAAGGGAUACUUUACAAAAAGUUUUAGAAAUUGGUAAUGAAACUAACGACGAGAAUAAUUCUACGUUAAAUAAAUCAUCGAAAUUUAACGACGUGUCUAAAAACAAGGUAGAAACGAAACUUGAUAAAAAUAAAACGAAUUUAAAGGACGAUGUACCUUUGAAGAAAAAUAAAAAGGAUACCGCGACAUCUAAUGAGUGUAACAUCGAAACGAUUAAAAUAGAUAGUUCGGAAAAAGAGAAAUCGAUUACAGCGAUCGAUAAAAGCUCAGAGACAUUGAAAGAAAAAAUAGAUGAUAGAAAGAGUACAAAAAUCCUUGAUAAAAUGGACGAAUGUAAAUCAUUAAUUAAUAAAGAGAUCAACAUUGACAAUGAGAAGAUAAAGGAAGAUACGAAAAAAGAUAUUGUCUUGUCAGGUAUCGAACCUAAGGAAAAGAAAAUAUCGAAUAAAAUAGAAAGUAAUAAUUCAUCGAUAAAUAAUAAAGGGAUUCCUGUUGGACGUAAUGAUACGGGUGAAAACAGCGCCGCGGUGUCGUCAGUACUUACACCGAACUCUUCUCGGCUGCCAAAACCGUCUAAAAUUAAUACGGAUGAAAAUAAUGCCGUAGAAGCGCCAGAGCUUUCGUUACGAGCACCGGAGUACCUGGCAAAUCUACCAAAAAUUGAGAAUCUCGAGGACACAGCUGCGUCAUUAGCGAAAAAUACGAUAGAUAAAGAGGAAACCUUGAAGAGGAUUCCUCGUGGGAAGAAAAUUGAUGAGGCAAACUUAACAGUUGCAACGAAAUCGAACGCAAUUGAUUCGGUGAUUGCCAAGUCCAAGGACGGUGAGAUUCGUGUAACGAAAUUCAAUGCGAAGAAUAAGGACUCGAACUUGAAUAAUAAGAAGAAGGACGAUUUAAUAAAGACGGAAGAUACGAGUAAAUUGAAGAACAUGAGCACUUUGAAAUCUGCGAUACUGGCGGGGGGGGAUACGAAAGAGGUCGACGGCACGACGACGACGACGACGACGACGACGACGACUACGACGACUACGAUGACGAAGACGACGACCGUUUUAUCGCGGAACAUGCCAACGGAUUCGACCCAUACUAACAAAACUGGUGCUGCGUUCCAGAAUGGUGUGUUGGCUAAAGGACCAUCCUUGGUAAUAAAACAAAGUGCUAAAACUAUCACGGAUACUAACGACAAAUUAAUUAACACGCCAAUUAACGAUAAAAUGAUGAUGGAUGGCGUGUUGAAAAGCGAGUCAAACGAAUCGAUCGAUUUUUGGAGCGAAAUCAAAAGUAACGAAACAGAGAAACGAAUACAAUCUGUCAAUGAUCCCAAAGUUGAAUCAAAAAUGUCUUCUUCAUCGUCAGCAUCAUCAGUAUCAUCUUCGUCAACGUCGUCAAUAAAAAAGCAACCGGACAAUAAGGAAAAAGGAAGUGAUCUUAAAAUAAGCGUUGCACCCAGCACUCCGGCAUACUUAUCCAGUAAUAUCACGGCAGCGAUGGUGACUACUACGACGACGACGACAGUGACUACGACGACCACGACGAUUACGAGUUUUCCCGAAAAGAGGAGAACGAUCGCGAAAAGUCCUCUCAGCGAUAACAAACUUAUCAACAAUAAAGAAGAUAAUAUUACAUUAACAAAAGUACCAACUGAAAAGAAUAAUAAAGAAACGGUAACAGUAGAAAAAAAGAAAUUACGUAAGAAGGCAGAUCUUGUAAUUUCAAUACCACCAGUUCCACCUACAUCAAAGGAAGUGUCUUCGACCGUUAAAAGAAAAACUCCCCUGAUCAAAGGAAUCGAAUCUUUGGAUAAGAAUUCAUCAUCAACAGUGUCAUCACCCUCAACACCAACUCCAUUGCAAUCUGAACUUCCUACGCCGGUCAACGAGAUCCCGGUACCCGUAAUAAACGUUGUUGGAAUAUUGGAAGUGACAAUGACUAAUGAUCAAGUUGAAAAACCUGAGGUAGAAGAAGAAGAAGAAGAAGAAGAAGAUGAAAGUCCUAGUACACCUACCAACGAAUGGACUAAUUCGACUAUCCCACUGGUCUCAAAAUGGAACAAUCACGAUGAUCUUUCUAAUGCUGAUGAUGAUAAUGACAAAAAAGUGACGCCUCCAUCGUCUAACGAGGCCAGUCUCGUAGCGACACCAAACGAUAGUAAGCAAACUAGUCCGGAAUCUUCUAAGAAAAAGAAAAAGAUAGUUAAAAAGAGAAGAUCUAGUUCUAAAGUAGCUCCUAACGAUGAUGAGAAAAAUGAGAAAAAGGAUAACAAAGGAUCACGCAACGAGACGAUAUCAAACGCUAAGCCGACUUUGCGUCAAGAAGCAACGAACACUUUGAAACCACCUGAAAGCAAAUCGUCGCCAAGAUUAAGUCCUAAGAAUGCGCCUACUCAGAGACCGAUCGAUUUAAUAAGAAUGUUUUAUACUACACCAUCUGCUUUACUCACGGCCACGCCAAGAGAUCUUUCCAAAGUAAAACGUGCUAAGAUCAAAAGAAGGAGACAUCAGUCGCGAACACCAUCUGUGAGUAGCGACAGUACCGGAAGUACAGCCAGUACGGCUACUACCGGUAGCACCGAUGGUAGCAGUGCUUCAACCUGCACCGAAUUGGAUGACGAUCCGGAACACAAGAGGAUGGCUUCAACCAGAAGCAACGAUUCUGGAUUCGACGGUUCGCCAAGAAUUUCCACUCCGUCGCAAUCGUUGGAAAACCAAAGGAACUCGGAUACCUCGGAUCAUUUUCCAAGUGGUCGUAUUACCCCACCGGCAAUAAAUCUGCCAAGAUUCAAAAAGUACGCCGUGACGGAUUUUAACUUUCUCAAAGUCCUGGGUAAAGGAAGCUUUGGUAAAGUACUAUUAUCAGAGUUACGUGGUACCGAUUGCGUUUAUGCUGUUAAAUGUCUGAAAAAGGAUGUCGUUCUUGAAGAUGAUGACGUUGAAUGUACAUUGAUCGAACGCAAAGUUCUUACAUUAGCUACAAGGCAUCCAUAUCUUUGUCAUCUCUUCUGUACUUUCCAAACGGAUUCCCAUCUCUUUUUUGUUAUGGAAUAUCUCAAUGGUGGAGAUCUAAUGUUUCAUAUACAAAAAUCUGGCCGAUUUGCCGAAAUUCGUGCACGUUUCUAUGCCGCCGAAAUUUGGUCUGGUUUAAAUUUUUUACAUAAGAAGGGUAUCGUUUAUCGAGAUCUUAAACUUGAUAACGUUCUAUUAGAUUUUGAAGGACACAUUAGGAUUGCCGAUUUUGGUAUGUGCAAAUUACAAAUAUUCUUGGACAGAACCGCUGAUACUUUUUGUGGUACACCAGAUUAUAUGGCACCUGAGAUUAUAAAAGGAUUGAAGUACAAUCAAGCUGUGGAUUGGUGGUCGUACGGAGUAUUAUUAUAUGAAAUGUUAACGGGACAAUCACCGUUUUCCGGUUGUGACGAGGACGAAUUGUUUUGGAGUAUUUGUAAUGAAAGACCUUUCAUACCUCGAUAUUUGAGUCAAGAAGCAACAGAUAUUUUGGUCUCGUUAUUGGAAAAAGAUUCUGGAAAGAGGCCACCUGCUCAUGAAAUUGCAGUACAUCCUUUCUUUCAGUCUUUACCUUGGGACCGGCUGGAAAGGAGACAACUUGAACCACCGUUCAAACCAGCUUUAGAACAUACCUUGGAUACAAAAUAUUUCGACACGGCGUUUACUGCUGAAAGACCACGACUCACGCCAAUACCCGAACAAAUUUUAUCAUCGAUGGAUCAAGGUGUUUUUCGUGGAUUUUCAUAUACAAAUCCAAACGCAACUGACUGAUAUAUAUAUAUAUAUAUAUAUAUAUAUACGAAAGAAUUUGUUAGAGAUUUUAUAUUCAACGUUAAUUCCAAAGUCUCUUCUCGAUUAUUUAUUAUUAAAGAGAGUGAAGGUUGUUGUUGGACGUUAGAGAGAACAAUUUUCUUUUCGAAGGAGAAUCAUUGAAUUUUUUUUUAGACGGGUGUAAAAUUGUCCCAAAGGAUUAUCUUUACACCCAACCAGUAUCGUUUAUUCCUAUCAUUGAAAAAUGUUGUUGUUAAAAAUAUUCUUACAAUUAAACGAACGUGAAAUGAUGAUAACAUAUGUUAGGUAUAAUAUAUGUCGAGAUUAGAAAUGUUGUUUCUGUUCUUCUUCUUCUUCGUUUUUUUUCUUUUUUUUUUUUUUUUUUUAAAUUGUAAGUAACGUCGGAUACAUUAUGUGAUCGAUUUUUAAUCAAUAUGAUGAUAAUAUAUUAGAAUAGUCAUUAGCAAAGGAAUGUACGAUUUUUCUUCCUUUUUUUUUACACUGAUAUAUUAAUGAGUUUUAUUAUCUGUAUUCCAUUAUAAGGUUUUUUUUUUUUCUUUAAUAAUCCUAAAAGUAUAAAAAUAUGAAUCCCUAGUAGUAAGAAAAUAUUGACAAAAUAUUGAAUAACAUGUGUAUAUUGAAAUAUUAAAAAAGAUAUUCUUCAAUGUGUCUUUUAUAAUACACCACAUGUAUUCAAUUAUUUUGUGCUAUUAGGGAACUUACAAACAAACGUAUAAUAUUACUGUAACAAUAUAUAAACAUGUUAAAAGAAGAAAGUACAAGAAACUCGUAAUGAUUUGCAAUAUUCGAUUGGGUUGUUGUCUUUGGGUUUGCAAAGGAGGAUGCAUAAUUAUCCAACCUGUCAUACGAUUAUUAUAAAAUUUGGCUUCACGUUAACGUAGUCCAAGUUAUUAAUAUCGGAAUACCUUUAUUAAAGUCAGUCUCGAGUCUUUAAACUUGUCUGCUAUCAUAUUUUGAUCUUCGUUAGUUCUUAUUUAACAUUAUUACUAUAUUUUGAUCUCAUUUAAAAGCUUUGGUUCUCACACUUUCUUUGUAAUAUACAUCAAAUUGAUGUUUUCUCUUAUAGAUUUAUCUCCCACUCAUAUUUCUUUCAUACUCUUUCUCUUUCUCUCUUUCCGUUUGCCCGACAACUUAUCCUUUUCCCUCUUCAGUCUUCCGUUCCUCGUACAUUUAGCUUCUCGCAAACUACGCGCUAAUUUUAGACCGCCAAGGAAUUGGCAAAUUGGCAUAAGCUUCUGAACCCCGACAGACUCUGUGUUUCUUCUUCCUUUUUUAUUUUUUUAUUUUAUUUUUUUUUUUAUUUCUACUUCUUUAUCUCUAUAUUUUACUCGU